CUAACCAGUAACCCCCAGGUCGUCUCCCUUGAUCGUUGCAUGCAAGUCAUUUGAGUAACAAAAACCACCCCACCCGCCCGGCCUGUCCUGACCUCGUCGAAAUAGAGGACAGGCGGACCCGAAUCGGACGGUGCAACAAAGGGACGACAAUGCCGCCGAAAAAGGCAGCUGCCAAGGCCAAAGAAGCAGAGAAAGCCAAAGCAGCAGCAGCAGCAGCAGCACCACCACCACCACCCCCACCCCCGCCGAGCACGGUCAGCGAGCGGAGCAGACAGCGGUACGAGGCCGCGAACCCGCUGGACGAGGCGAUCCGUAAGGUCGGCAUCAGCGGCCUCACGCCGGAGCAGCGGCAGACGUGGGCGAACAUCAAGUACGUGCGCGACACGCUCGCCGACAGUAGUAGCGGCAGCAGCAGCAGCGGCGGCCACGGCAGCGGCAGCAGGAAGGGUGGCCAGCUCGGCAACAAGGCCCAGCGCGAGAUCUGGCGCUCCUUCAACGAGUCCGGGCUCCCGCUCCGCGCCCUACGGAGGCCCACCCGCUGGGGGUCCGCCGUCGGUGAGCUCUCGCCGGACCAGUUUCGCGCCCGCGCCGACCGCCGACUCCGCCUGACGGCGCUGCAGGUCGAGCACCGCGCCUUUUUGGACAAGCGAGAACGUGCCGCCGCCGCCGCCGCCUCCACAACAGCAGACGCUGCCGACCCACCCCCAACAGCACUCUUGGAAGCCGAGAUCGACGAGGAGAAGAGGCGUCGGAAAGAGAUGGCAAGGCUGAGACAGGAGCUCUACGGGGAGAUGACGGGUUCGCUCGCAAGCGACCCGGCGUGGGAUGAUGUCGUGCCCAUUCCACUCGUGGAGCCUGAAGGAGCCCUGGCGUCUAUCAAUUACUCGGAUGACUACGCCGAAGCUAUAUCGUACCUGCGGGCGGUUAUGGCAAACAAGGAGUAUUCGCCGCGGUGCCUCAAACUGACGGAGCAUGUCAUCGACAUGAACCCGGCGCACUACACCGUCUGGCUCUACCGCUUCUCGAUCGUGCAGGCGCUCGCGAUCCCGAUCCCGGACGAGAUCGAGUGGCUCAACACGGUGGCGCUCGAGCAUCUGAAGAACUAUCAGAUCUGGCACCACCGCAACCUGCUCAUCGAGGCAUACCACCCCACGAUCGCGGCGGACCGCGACGAAGUGGCCCGCCUGGCCGCGUCGGAGCGGGCCUUCAUCGCGGCCAUGCUGCGCGAGGACACCAAGAACUAUCACGUCUGGUCCUACCGCCAGUUCCUGGUUCGCCGGCUGGGAAUCUGGCGCGACCCGGAGGAGAUGGCGGCUGUCGAGCGGCUCAUCAAGGACGACGUGCGCAACAACUCGGCCUGGGCGCACCGCUUCUUCCUCGUCUUCUCGGACCCGGAGUCGGCGACCGAGGGCUCGCACUCGACCGAGCCCGACCCUGCCGUCCCCGCCGACGUGAUCGACCGCGAGGUGGCGUACGCGCGGGCGGGCAUCGAGCUGGCGCCGCAGAACCAGAGCCCCUGGAACUACCUGCGCGGCGUGCUGGUCAAGGGGUCUCGCCUCCUGUCGACGGUGGAGGACCUCGUGCGGACCUUUGUGGCGGACCUGGGGGACGAGGAGAAGGAGGAGGUCAAGAGCACGCACGCGCUCGACCUCCUGGCCGAGAUCUGCGCCGAGAAGGGCGACAAGGACGCCGCGGCGCUCUGCCUGGACCGCCUGGGCGACAAGUGGGACCGCAUACGCAAGGGGUACUGGGACUGGAGGAAACGGACGCUGCCUGAAGAGGGGGAUAAGGGGAGCAUCCCGAUCAGGUGACGAAAACACAGGUCGGCAGCAGCGGCAGCAGUAACAGUCUUCUACUUUAUAUCGUAUCGCAGAAAGGCCGUUAUCAGUCGCUUUGACGCAGAGGAUAGAGUAUCAAGCUGUCUGUUCUUCUGCUUGCGGGAGGCUAACACUGCAGUUCUUGUUUCAGGGGCAUUAGAUAGGCGAGGGAGUUGCGAGCGGAAGAGGGAAUUUUUUUUUUUUUUUUUUUUUGGAAAAGUGUUGUAUAAAAACAACUUUUCUCUCGUCAAGCAAAGAACUUUCCCCAAUAAUUCGGGAGGAUAAGCAAUGAAAUCCGAACCCCUGGUGUUCGCUGG